GUGUCCACGUCUGCAACCCUGUACACUAGAUGGCGCUGUGCUUUGACCUUUUUACAAGCACGAAGUUCUGCCUCUCCACAAUGUUGUCACAUUUUCCAAUAUGGCGGCGUCCAUAGCAAGGAGAUGUACUUAUGCAUCGCGGCAUGGUUUAUGCAUCAUUUUAAACAAAACAUUCGUAUGUGUUACCUUAAGAUCCAGAUUUCAUUCAUCUUCUAUUUCGCCAAGCGGACUUCUGUUAUCACUGAACAAACGCGGUAUUUUGAAGGAUGCUUUUCCAGACAACGCCGCCCAAGAUCAACUUCCUCGGUUACUCCAGUCUGGGAGCCAGAGCGUGUACUGCGGCUUCGACCCCACCGCGGACAGCCUUCAUGUGGGGAAUUUACUUGCCAUCAUCGGUCUUUUGCACUUUCGGGGCGCAGGUCACAAUGUCAUCGCGGUGGUCGGUGGCGCGACGGCGCAGAUCGGAGACCCGAGUGGGAAAACCAGCGAGAGGGAGAGGCUGUCCGCCGAGGUUGUUGCAGAGAACACUCGGGGAAUCAGAGACAGCUUACAAAGAAUAUUCACCAACCACGAACUCAUCUUCCACGAUAACUCCAAAAAGCUUGGCACUGUGACUGUAUUGAACAACAUGAGUUGGUAUAAAGACUGGAAUUUGGUGGCCUUCCUGUCAGAAGUGGGCAGGCAUUUCAGAAUGGGGACUCUGCUCAGCCGGCAUAGUGUCCAGUCAAGGCUAAAAAGCCCCGAGGGAAUGAGCUUGACGGAGUUCUCUUACCAGCUCUUCCAAGCAUUUGAUUUCUACCACCUCAGUCAGCAUCAUGGCUGCAAGAUUCAGCUCGGGGGGACUGAUCAACUGGGAAACUUGAUGUCUGGACACGAGUUCAUUCACAAGGUGUCGGGAGAGGAGGUGUUUGGUCUGACGGUUCCGCUGGUCACCAGCUCUGCGGGAGACAAGCUGGGGAAGACGGCGGGGAACGCGGUGUGGCUGAACAGGGAUAAGACCUCUCCGUUUGAGCUGUACCAGUUCUUCCUCAGACAGCCCGACAGCAGCGUGGAACGGUACCUGAAGCUGUUCACCUUCCUGCCGCUGGGGGAGGUGGAGAAGGUGAUGGAGCUGCAGAGAGGAGAUCCAGGUAGGAGGCCGGCUCACAGACGUCUGGCCGCUGAGGUCACCAAGCUGGUCCAUGGCAGGGAGGGUCUGGAGAGCGCCAAGAGGUGCACCAACGCGCUGUUCCACAGCAGCCUGGCGGCGCUGGGCCAGAUGAGCGAGGCAGAGCUACAGGAGCUGUUCCGCGAGGCUCCCUUCCACCAGCUGCUGUUGGAGCCAGGGACCACGGUGCUGGAGGCCUGCCGCCAGGCAGGGGCCAUUCCCCCGGGCCCCCGAGGGUACCACAUGGUAUCAGAAGGGGGUGUAUGGAUGAACCACAGCCGGGCUGAUCAUCCAGAGCAGGUGCUGACCCCUGGCAUUCACAUCCUGGCCAACGGCCUGACCCUCAUCAGGGUGGGCAAGAAGAACUUCUACAUCAUCAAGUGGCUCAACUUGUGAAGACUCUGAGGUCUGAGGGACUGUCUGUAAACCAGCAGAGAGACAGGAAGUGAUGGACAGGAAGUGAUGGACAGGAAGUGAUGGACAGGAAGUGAUGGACAGGAAGUGAUGGACAGGAAGUGAUGGACAGGAAGUGAGGCUCGCUUGUCCUGUGGAUUGGGAUGCUGUCCACUCAAGUUUGUAUGGAUGUGAUCUGUACGCAAUAUGAUAAUGAAACAUUAAACAUGCAUCAGAACUGGAA